AUGAACUUUUUUGGAUCAAAGUCAUCGUCUGCUAACACCGAUGAAAGCGAUAGUAAGAGCAGUUCUACGAGUGGCAAUAACAGUACUGUAGGUAGAAAUGCGGGCUUCUUCCCCAAUUUCACUUCACAAACUGCUACUCCUACUACUGCGGUUAGUCAGAGUGCUUAUGCCAUGGGCACGACCGGAAUUUUAUCUGAGGACGUUUUGGCACAUAUGAAGGCAAUGAACGAUGGAACACCAGGCCCGCCAGGGAUAAAUGCCUCCUCUGUCACUCCUGGUAACAGUAGUACAGGUACGGUUCCACUGGGUGAUUCACACUCUGCGAAGGGGCCUCGUGCAGCUACACAGGCAGCUAAGAAACCAGUUGAUCAUCUAGCUCCAAACCAUCACGAUAUGGCCUCUAGCACUCUUGGAAAACAAGUUGGUAAUCAUAAUAUAGACUCAGCUAAUUUGGAAGCAGGUGUCCCAAGAGGAACUCUGACGGUGACAAUUGUCGAGGCUAAGGGUUUACUAACUGCAUCUAUGCAAUCCCAACCGUAUGUUGUUUGUACCUUUGAGAGCUCGGAAUUUAUCUCUAAUGGGCCUGAAUCAGUAGACAAUAAGCAGAGUCAUAACGUAGAAGGAUGGAACCGUAAGGACUUGAAAAAACAUAGACCUUUGUACACCCAUAGGUCAUCAUCCCAUUUGAACAAGCUCAAUGAUGAGAAGCAAGAAGGCAACGACGUUAAUAGCUCAAACCCUAUCUGGCAUCAUGAGACCACUUUCGAUGUUCUUGGUGACCGCUCAGAAUUAGACAUAUCAGUUUAUGAUGCGGUUCAUGACGAUAUGUUCCUGGGACAGGUGAGACUACGCCCAAGUAUUCACAGCAUAUCUAGGGCCUCUCAAUGUCAGUGGCAUACUUUACAAAGCAGAGUUAUAGAUGAAAACAUCGCAGGAGAAAUUCUCAUCAAAUGGCAUUAUACAUCGACCAAAAAGAGUCAUUAUGGACCUCAAGACUUCGAAGUCUUGAGAUUACUCGGAAAAGGUACUUUUGGCCAAGUUUAUCAAGUCAAGAAGAAGGACUCAAAGAGGAUUUACGCGAUGAAAGUUUUGUCCAAGAAAGUUAUUGUCAAGAAGAAUGAAAUUGCACAUACCAUUGGCGAACGUAACAUUUUGGUUAGAACAGCCUCCAAGUCAUGCCCAUUCAUUGUGGGGUUGAAAUUCUCUUUCCAAACACCAGCGGAUCUGUACCUAGUGACCGAUUUCAUGAGUGGUGGUGAGCUGUUCUGGCACUUGCAGAAAGAGGGUAGAUUCUCUGAAGAUAGGGCCAAAUUUUACAUUGCCGAGUUGGUGAUGGCUCUGGAAUACCUUCACGACAAUGACAUCGUUUACAGAGAUUUGAAACCGGAGAAUAUCCUGUUGGAUGCGAACGGUAACAUUGCUCUUUGUGACUUCGGUCUAUCCAAGGCUGAAUUGAAAGAUCGGACAAACACUUUUUGCGGAACUACUGAAUACUUAGCACCAGAAUUGCUGUUGGACGAGACUGGAUACACUAAGAUGGUGGAUUUUUGGUCGCUAGGUGUUCUAAUAUUCGAGAUGUGCUGUGGUUGGUCUCCAUUCUUUGCAGAAGACAACCAAAAGAUGUAUCAAAAGAUUGCCUUUGGUAAGGUGAAAUUCCCUCGUGAUGUGCUGUCGCCUGAAGGUCGUUCAUUUGUGAAAGGUUUGCUGAACAGAAACCCAAGACAUAGACUUGGGGCAGUCGAUGAUGGGCGUGAACUGAGAGCUCAUCCGUUUUUCGCCGAUAUCGAUUGGAAUGCACUCAGAGAUAAGAAGAUACCACCACCUUUCAAGCCACAUCUAAACUCCGAAACUGACACAUCGAAUUUCGACCCAGAAUUUACUCAGGCCUCCACCUCAUAUAUGAACAAACAUCAGCCGCUAGCGGCCACACCACUUUCUCCAGGUAUGCAGGCGAAGUUUGCUGGCUUCACGUUCGUGGACGAGUCCGCCAUGGAUGAUCAUUAUAAUACAGCCUACAACAAUCGGAAAUUUUUACAAACGUCGUAUUUCAUGGAACCUGGCUCCUUCAUCCCAGGGAAUCCAAAUCUACCUCCAGAUGAAGAUGUCAUAGACGAUCAUGCAGACGACGAUGAUGGUGGAUUCUCUGUCGGGAAGGGCGCUCAUGGCAGUCAAGUUGACUAUGAAGGCGAUCAACAUAUGGACGACGAGUUCGUUAGUGGUAAAUUCGAAAUAUGA